AUAUAUUCAAACAUGCAUACUUUUUAAAACUAAUGUUUUAUAAGCAAUUUUCAUGCUUGAUAAGGGCUAGUAUAUUAUUCACAAUUGGUGUUCUAACAUCAUUAAUAUUAAAUCUUCUUCAAGUACAAAGAAAUAUCACUAUAUUUCCAAAAGGCUCAAAUUCAAAUUUACUUUACACCGUUUGGUGGGUUCCUCCUUCAUGUGGGCUUGUUGCAGUCAUAGUUGGUUUGUUGUACCCAUUUCUUGAUGAAAUAUUUGGCGAAAAAUUAAUGCACACAAGAGAAUGGUCAAGUAUAAUGAGAUGUGUAGCAGUAUUUUUUGGAAUAAAUCAUGCUAGUGUGAAAAUUGAUUUCGCCAACAACAUGCAAUUUUCCCUGACAUUAGCCGCUCUUUCGGUAGGACUUUGGUGGCUUUUUGACAGGUCCAGGAUCGGUUUUUUAUUGGGACUCGUGAUAGCUUUCAUAACUACGCUCAUCUGUCAGCUGUUGGUGUACAACGGGAUAUACGAGUACACAGAACCCGAUUUCAUAUACGUUCGUUCCUGGUUACCCUGCAUAUUCUUUUCGGGUGCGGUCACCAUCGGUAACAUCGGUAGACAACUGGCCAUGUGCGAUUCCGAAGAGUAUGACAAAGAUGGCGACGAUUAAGAUCGGGAAGGAAAAAAAAAUGAAUGAAUAUUAUUAAUUUUUUUUUUUGAUAGAUAUAAAUAAAUUAUAUAUUUUUUUUUUACAAAUUUAGAUACAUAGUAUAUUAUAAAUAA